AUGUCAGAGCCCAAGGAGAGAAUCUCCCCAAUCAGAAAGGUGAAAGCUGCGUUCGCCAAAUCGCCCAAAUCUCCCACAUCGGACAGAAUCAAUUUUUCGGACAGAAUUAGCUUCGCGGACAAAUGCACCGUCACCGAGCUAAACUCGCGGAUGGAAGACAUAUACUUCAAUGAUCCGAAGUCGCGAGAGAGUCUGAGCACCAAUCCAGGGGAUAACGCAAAGCACUUGGCAGAGCGACAGAGGUGCACAACGGAUAAUUGGAAGGCGGAGAUUGAACGGCGAAUCAUCGCGAAGUCCAAAAUGGCAGCCAGGAUUUUAUCAACAAAUGCAAGUGCAGGUGCAAAGAGCGAAGAGCGAAGAGCUCGAAAGAAGCACAUCGAAAGCCUUCGCCACGCAGGCCGUUCCUUUCCCUCGUGGUUCGUAUGGCCUCCGUCUCUGUGGAUGAAUUGGUCAAGCGGCUGGCCAGCCGGCUCGCUAGCCUAG